GUCUUUUUCUAGUCUCCUCUCUUCCGCUGUCGAAUUUCAAGAUUCACAAAAUACAUUUUGACGAGAAUGCUUCGCACAGCCGCUACUAACGUUCUUCGCCAGGCCAAGCCUGCGCGCUCUGCUGUUUUCCAGUACUCGUACUCGAUGUGGUCCUGGCUGCAAAAGCCAAAGAAGGAGGCGCCCUCUGGUGGCGUGACUGCGACUGGCAGCAGCGCCAGUGGCAGUGGUGCUGAGCAGGUUGCCCGCACCAUGGCCUCGGCUGCCGGCGAGGAGACGGUCACGUUCGAGUUCUGCGACAAGACGUUCGAGGGCUACAACAUCGAGGCGCCGUCGCAGACGACGACGCUAACCAAGUCGGAUGCGAUCGCGCUGUACCGCGAGAUGCAGAUGGUGCGCCGGCUCGAGAUGGCGGCUGACUCGUCGUACAAGCACAAGCUGAUCCGCGGCUUCUGCCACCUGUGCACUGGACAGGAGGCGGUGCCGGUGGGUAUCGAGCAGGCGCUGACCAAGGAUGACGCGAUCAUCACGGCCUACCGCUGCCACGGAUUCACGUACAUGCGCGGAGCCGAGCCGGUCGGCAUCCUGGCCGAGCUGAUGGGCCGCAAGGGCGGUGUGUCGCAGGGCAAGGGCGGCUCGAUGCACAUGUAUGCCCACAACUUCUACGGCGGCAACGGUAUUGUCGGCGCGCAGGUGCCGCUGGGCGCAGGAAUCGCGUUUGCGCAAAAGUACAACAACGAGAAGACCUGCACGGUUGCGCUGUAUGGCGACGGAGCGGCUAACCAGGGCCAGGUGUUUGAGGCAUAUAACAUGGCCAAGCUGUGGGAUCUGCCGGUGCUGUUUGUGUGCGAGAACAACAAGUACGGUAUGGGUACCGCUGCUGGUCGCGCUGCUGCCAACACCGACUACUACACGCGCGGCCAGUACAUCCCUGGCAUCCGCGUCAACGGCAUGGACGUGCUGGCUGUCCGCCACGCUAUCGCCUACGCGCGCGAGUACGCGACCAGCGGCAAGGGCCCGCUGGUGCUGGAGAUGAAGACCUACCGCUAUGGUGGUCACUCGAUGUCCGACCCCGGAACCACCUACCGCACGCGUGAGGAGAUCCAGCACAUGCGGUCCACCUCCGACCCCAUCACCGGCUACAAGGCGCGCAUCCUCGAGGCCGGCAUCAUCACCGAGGAGGAGAUCAAGUCCAUUGACAAGUCCGCCAAGAAGCUCAUCGACGAAGCCCUCGCCAAGGCCAAGGCCAUCCCUGAGCCGCCUGCUUCGGACCUGUGGGCCCAUGUCUACAAGGAGGGCUCCGACAUCCCGUACCUGCGCGGCCGCGUGCCUGAGGAGACCCACUACUACAACGUCGACUAAGUUUUCAGUAGCGGAUUCAGUCCAGCAAUGAUUCAAUCAAAGUAUUAAAUUUUUUAGAGUUCAUGAUGGUCUUUUGGUGGCUUUUAUAUACCGCAGCACCCCGCUUCAUCCCACUAACU